AUAGUUGCAUAUUUUCCAAUGCUUGGGUCCCAGGAAAACACAGAAUUUCUAAUUUGGGUCCCAGGCUGAAAAAGUUUAAGAACCCCUGAUAUAGAUCCAUGAUUCACAAGGGCCUAUGCCUUGUAUUAAUAAGGACAAGUUAACCGGUAUUUUGAGUGGCAUUCUCCCAGCCAAUGACCAGGUAUGUUGGCACACGCAUUUGAGGAAUGCCAGGGGUGUUGCAGCGAACGCUCUGCUGCAAAAUCAUCCAACCGAUGCGCGCCUCCCAAGAAUAAACCCAAUAAUGGCGUGCUCAUGAUUUGUGUGUAGAAUCGAAUGUCAUGUUUGGGUAUUAUGGACUGUGAAUUACAGGCGCAAUGACAAAUUCCUAUUCGAUGCGGACAGUAUGAUACUCAGACGUGUCUAGAAUCUCAGGUUCUCCAGUGAUGGGCGCUCGAGUGUGUGACGUUUCACGGCGAGAUGAUCAAAAUGUAUGAACACGGCGCGGCUUACGUUCAAGCGGUCGGCCGCGAACAGAUUCAAUAAUUACUGGCGACAUUGGGAGUUAUUUUUCAAACGAAAAAAAAAAUGGUUUUUAGGUUCUGCAUUUUGCAACAUAGUACAUUUGUUCGUUCUGUCUCCUUGCCGGUGAGCGCGCGGCCGCAUGGGCCAGGGAGAUGCGUGACGCGCCUGUACCGCAUCUCCUGGAUGGCAGGUAGGCUCCAUCACAUCUCUGUGAAAAAAUAGGCUAUGGAAAGAAAGAAAUGCGGCGACUGCUGUAGGCUAACAGUUUGUGUGUUGGAGAGAUUUGGAUUAGGCUUUUUCCUGUUCUUUCAGUUUACACGUAGGUUAGUUAAAUAUUAUCAGCCGAUUGACAGCGUUCAGUCUUAAUAAAAAGGCUUCAAAAUUUGUGCUAUUAACAGCUCGCGCUUGCCGCCCUUUUUUAUCACUAAAAUGUAUCAAUUUGUAUAUUUCUGCGAAAGUGUAGGCAUACUGUGGGAAAAUGUAAAAAUGUCCACUAGACGAGGUGUCGUAAUGAUAAAGAUGGGAUAAUAAGAUGGGAAUUGUGUCAUGACCGACAGUAUUAUAGGUUAAUUAGGAUACAGCAACUAAAUCCGUUGUAGCCUACCGUUUCAUGGGCUAUUUUAAAUAGGCUUAAUAAAAAAUAAAUCAAUGAAUUAACCGCACCAUGGCUGUCAGAUUUGUGAGAUGCAUGAUGUUUGUUGGCAGACGUGGCCUAGUAUAAGUUUCCCAAUUAUGGGGUCAGCCAACCAGCUAUCAAAUGUGACAGGACACUGGUAAGGCAGCCUGUCUACUGCUUUAAUAGCCUAGUUAAAAAAAGGCACCCAUUAAUUGGUUCUAUACGAUGAAGAUAUUUUUAUUACAAGCCUUUAUCUAAAUAGAUUUGUAUUAUUAGAUAUUUGCAUAUAGGGCCUCCUGGUCGCCAGAAAGCAUGCAGUGAUGAUGCGAUAGAGGAGAGAUGGCAUCGCACGUGUGUGAUGUGACUACUUGCGUGCCAUGGAAAGUCUGAUCCUGAUGAGCACGGGUUCGAGGAUGUGCCCCGGAGCCUCUCAGGGCCUGCGCAUUUAUUGCGCGCAUCUGCUGGUAGCUUCCUUGCUGGUGUCCAUGACGAUGUCAAGCUCACCUGUUGCAGGUGGUGUAGACUCCAACAGAACGACAGCAGCACUGUCGUCAUCACGGUCGUCAUCGUCACCCUCUUCCAGAUGGCCAGGCGCCAGCCCACCCAAAGACACUGGUCACCCUGGUAACGCUGACGCUGCCUCAGUGGACGAUGAAACUCAGGGCAUACACCUCCUCCUGAGACCCCCGGACCUGCUGUCCCCCAGUCACCCCCCUCCUCUGCCCCCCCACAGCCAGCCCACCCUCACCCCUCCCCCGCCCUGGGAGCACGCCCCCUCCCUAGAGGAGGCCUGGGGGUCCGGAGACUACCUGGAGACGCUCUCCUUCAUGGGCCCAGAGGGGGAGGAACUGGCCCUAGCCACAACCUUGCCCAGCCACACCUACGACCCUGACGACGGGGCCUCCUACGACACCUCCUUCCCCUCCCGCCCAACCCUCCCCCUGUCCUCCAGCCUCCUCCGACCCUCUACGUCCCCCACCUCCCCCCUCCGGGAGGGCCUCCCCUUCACCCACCCUGCUGAACCUGAGGGAUACCCUCCCUGGGAUGAAGAAGACUAUGACCUGGGGGACAUGUUUCCUCUAGAGCCCACGGAGCUGCUGCUGCCAGAUAUGAACAGUCUGGAGUACUACACCAAUCUGCUGGCCAGAGAGAGAGAUGAGGAGAGGAACAGAGAGAGGGAAAAGGAGCAAGAACGGGAGAGAGAGAGGGAAAGAGAGCGAGAACGGGAGAGAGAGAUGGAAAGGGAGCGAGAACGGGAGAGAGAGAGGGAAAGGGAGCGAGAACGGGAGAGAGAGAGGGAAAGGGAGCGAGAACGGGAGAGAGAGAGGGAAAGGGAGCGAGAACGAGAGAGAGAGGGGGAAAGGGAGAGGGAUAAAGAUGUGGAAAGAGACAGAGAUGGAGAAAUGGUCAUCCCACCCCCAAAGACCACCCCCAAACUCUUCAUCACACCCACCGCUACCACAAAAACACACACCCACACACACACUCAGUCCCCGUCCCCCUCCCUUAGCACAGGGCCCCCUCCAGCCCGGGAUCACAAGCACCCCCUUGUCCCCUCAGUGGGUCCCACCCCUCCCCUGACCCUCUCACCCACUCUCUGGGAUGGUCAGGGUACCCUCACCCCUGGAGUUAGACCCACCUCCAGAAUACCCCCUCAGCCUCCUGUUCCGCGGCCCAGAGUCCCCCCAGCUACCCCUGGCAGACACCCUCCACUGCCCCCCUCUAACACCACCAGCCUGGCUCGCCCCCCCAUGCUGCGACCUCCAGGGAGGGACCCCAUAAAACCACCACCCGUGAUCGAGGUCCCCGGCAAUCGACCUACGACCACUACCAAGGCAACCACCGUUACCACGACAACCACUGGCACCCUGGCGAGCGUCACCUGGACUCCCCCAGUCCAGGCCCCUCCAGGACGCCAGUACCUGUGUAACGUCACCAAGCCUGAGAUGUACCUGGUCAGAGUGGUCCUGCCUAAGUCUGCCUCCACUGUGGGCUUUGGCCAGGUCAGGGACAUCUUGAAGAGGGAGUUCAACUGCUCAGUGGAGCUGCAGGUCCUGAGAACUCCGUCUAGCUUUGCGUUCCGUGCUGUGGCGGGACCUCUGAUCUUCACCGCCAUGUCUGUCAUCAACGCUCUGCGCCAAGCAACACCAGGCUCCUCCUCGUUUCCCACUGUCUCACCCCUCUACGGCAUACCUGAUCGCAAGUACCAGAUACACUCUGUGCUGCAGUUUGUGCCCAGUCACGUGGAUGUGCGUGUGUGUAACUUCAGUGAGCGAGUGGAGAGAGGAUUGCUGAUGGCCUACACAGAGACACGCAGACGCGCACAUGAAUUUGGCAACGUUACUGUACAGCUCCUGAACAUCACCAUGGGUCAGGCCAAGCCACAGGGUGACCAGAAGGUUCCGGUGGACAUCACGUUUGCGUUGCGUGAUGGGCGGGGCUACCUGUUAGGGUCAGAGGUCAGCGGUCACCUGAGACACCUAAGCACGGUGGAGUUCAGCUUCUACCUGGGCUUCCCCGUGCUGCAGAUCGCCGAACCCUUCCACUACCCCGAGCUAAACGUUUCUCACCAUCUACGCUCCUCCUGGGUCCGCACAGUGUUACUGGGUGUCCAGGAGCAGACUGUGACUGAGCGGAGCUUCAAGGCUCGUCUGGAGCGCCGUCUGGCCCUGCUGCUGGAGGAAGGGCUGGGGGAGGGGAGUCAACGACCCCGCUGGAAGAGAUCCACGGCCGUGGGUAACAACAGCUUACAGGUGGUGCGUGUGUCGAGACUGGCAGGUUCAGGGCGUUCUCUGGAAGUGGUGUAUUUCGUGGAGGGACCAGGGGGGGAGAGAGUUCCUGCUGAUGCCACCGCUGCCACCCUCAACCGCCUGGAGCUGCAACGGGCUGCCAUCGUACUGGGGCACCGCGUCCAGAGACCCCUUGCCCAGCCUGUGGAGACACUGACAGUGCCCCCGUCUGAGACUCAGAGCAGCAGUGUCUGGCUGAUUGUGGGGGUGGUGGUGCCUGUCCUGCUGGCUAUCUUCAUCAUCAUCAUCCUCUACUGGAAACUGUGCGGCUCGGAGAAGCUGGAGUUCCAGCCUGACGCCAUCAACACCAUUCAGCAGAGACAGAAGCUACAGGCUCCCACUGUGAAGGGGUUUGACUUCGCCAAGCUCCACCUGGGGCAGCACAGUAAGGAUGACAUCAUGGUGAUCCAGGAGCCUGGUGCCCUCCCUGUGCCCAUCAAAGAGGCCACCCCCUCUAAGGGAGGGGAUGUCAACACUCCCAAAUCCAAGGGCUCCUCCACCAAGGCUGCCCGCGCUAACCGCCGUAGGGGGAGACUGUCUCCGUCAGAUGGUGACUCGUUAGGUAGCGACCAAUCGAGUGGCAGAGAGUCUGCAGAGGAGACCACCAGACAUGUGGCCACGCCCCACGAGGGGAAACAGCACCGAAACAAAACGCCCAAGAAUGGGAGGAAUAAGAUGGUCCCUCCCACAGGCAGUGGUCCAGAUGAGCUGCUUUCCUCUUCCUCCAUCUUUGACCACGUGGACCGUCUGUCCCGAGGCUCGUCUGACGCCAGGGGUCGCCAGGCCAACAAGGUCCAGUUGAUUGCCAUGCAGCCCCGGCCCAGCCCACCACAACGCUCACACAGCCCCACCCUCACAGAGAGGGUCAGUGCAGAGGUGGCUCUGAGACAUAAGUCGGAGAUCGAGCACCACAGGAACAAGCUGCGUCAGCGGGCUAAGAGGCGGGGCCAGUGUGAGUUCCCGUCUAUGGAUGACAUCCUGGACGCCUUCGGGCAGGCGCAGGAGGAGGCGGGGCAGGGAGAGUGUCCCCAGCGCCUCUACAGCUCAGCCCAUGACCACAUGGACAGCAUCCUGCACACCGACCCCCCCUCGCCCCCCACCCCAGGGGAAUCCAGAAGGAGGGGGAGGCGCUCUCCUCGGGGCCGGCGGAAGCAGCAGGGGAAUGGCAGUCUGCCAGACACAGACAGACUGACGGACAGAGACCGCCUGCUCACAGACCACAGCGCCACCUACAGGAAAUACCCUGGACUCAACAAUGUGGCCUACAUGUCGGACCCGGAUCUACCUCCAGACCACGGCAGCCCCUCCCCUAACGAUGAGAUGUUUGACCACGCCCCUCCCCCGCCGCCCUACGUGCCCCCCCAGCCGUCCAUCGAGGAGGCGCGGCAACAGAUGCACUCCCUACUGGACGAUGCCUUCGCCCUGGUGUCACCCUCCUCCCAGGGCAGCGUCAGUGUCGGGGUCACGCAGGUCAGCCCCGCCCUGCCGAGCCCCUCUCCCUCCCCACAGACACGCCCAUCACGCCAAUGGGGCUCCUACCCCGCAGCCCCCACACACAGCCCCUUCUCUGCGAGGUAUGCAGAGUUGGGGAUGUCUCCCUCGUCAGUACAAGGCCUGUUGCAGAGGCAGGGCCUGGGUUCGGGGGCCUAUGUUACUGCAGAGGAGCAGCUGCAAGAUUCUGUCUACUCCAACAGGGGGCAGUAUGAAGAGCCUCCCUCCUCCUCCAGACCCCGACCUGUUGGGGGGAGCACAGGUGCUCAGCUGCAUCACCUGACUCAGGUGGGCUUGUCGAGCCGGAUCAGUGCGUACCCUGGGGUGGGCCGCAGUGUCUCUGGGCCAACAGGCUCCAGCUGGAACCAGCAGCCUUUAGACCAGGACCUCUCCAGACCUGGAGCCAGCAGAGAGAGUGUGCUGUCGUUCCCUGAGUUCUCCUCCCCCGCUGUGUUUCAGAUGCCCAGCUCCUCUCUGGGAGACCAUUCUGUCCCUCCGAUGCUCCUGGCCCCUCCCACUCCAGAGUUCCCCCUAGACGAGUCCUCCCCCUCAGCCCAAAGCUCCGCCUCCCUCAUCAAGGCCAUCAGGGAGGAGCUACGACGACUUGCCCAGAAACAGGUUGCUGUGGCCGGCACCUACUCCUAGACCAGUGUGAGCCCCUACCUCAUAACUGGUCCGAACCAGUUUGAACUACUCAUCCUAAACAAGUAUGGCCCAAUCGGAACCACUACCCCAAACUAGUUUGAAACAGUCAGAACCACUUGCCCUAAACUGGUCUAAAGAGGCUUACACUGCUUUUUAUAAGCUGGUCUGAACAAGACUCAGCCAGUCUGCAACAGAUACGAUUUCCUUAAAAGAAUAGCAUCACUGUUCUUUAAAGGGUUCUUCUCUCUGUAAAGGUUCCUCAUUCUACACCACAGUGUUUCCACUGGACGGGAGGAUCGAGUUUGUUUUCUUUAGAGUUCCAUAGAAGUGCUUCCGUGAGAGGGGCCAUCUCUGCCCUUCCUGACCUCCUGUAUGUGGUGCUAAACCUCAGCAUAAUGUCUCCUGUCAUUAAGUUAACCACGCAUUGCCUUCAACAUACAUUCAUCAUCAGCCAUGUUGGUGAGGUCUUCUCCAUUCAUCAGCCAUGUUGGUGAGGUCUUCUCCAUUCAUCAGCCAUAUUGGUGAGGUCUUCUCCAUUCAUCAGCCAUAUUGGUGAGGUCUUGCACUGUAGAGAGAGUUGGAGACUUGGAGUAUAGUGUACUUUGGGCAUGGGGGAAUUGAAUAUAUAGAUGAAAAACGUAUAUAAAAAUGAAAAUAUUAUAUGUAAAGAGAUGUAAAAAUCCCAAAUGAGCACAAUAUGAAUUUAUAAGAGUGACCAAUGGAGUAUUGAAAUUGUAUUUAUUUUUUAUUGCUCUGAAAGUAUACUUUUAAAUCCUUUAUUUUGACCAAAGACCAAUACUGUUUGGAUGUUCUAUGGCUGUAUUCUCCCUGUGUUUGCGCUCACUGUUGCCGUGGAGCUGAUCAUAACGUUGUUUAUCGCAGUGGAGACGUCGCUUAGCAUAGUCGCUCGUGUGUUCAUGUGUUGCUGGUACAAAAAUUGAGAGAAAAAAAAUGGAUUAUGCGUUGCAGAUAUAUAACGUGUGUGUAUAUAUAGCGCUUUUCAGUAGGUGUCAAAAGACUUGACAUGGGGCUAACCUAUCCCAUCCACCAGCAAUGUGACUUUCUGCGGCAAGCAGAACUCUCACAGGACACAGGCAUUUCUGUGGUGACGAUUGACUGUGUCGAAUUGUGAUAGUGUUUCUCUUGGUAGGAAGAGCUGGAAAACCACUCUUGCUUGACAACCACAGAAAAUAGGCUACCUGUGAAAUUUAAGAUUGAAAUAGGAAUGAUUUUACACAACAUCGACAUAAGGUAAUGAAAAGGUGAUUUUGGGAAUAUUGAUGGUAUGGUUUAUAGAGAGUGAAAAACACCUACAUGUCCAAUUUCCCCCAAAUAGCUUCCUCUCCUUAUCUCCUUUCCUUAGUCAACUAUUAUCCAAAUGGAUGUGAAGGUGAACCUCUCGAAGAGGUGGAUUUAGGAAACAAAGCCAUUUAGGACAAAUGGACAUAAUACACUUUAGCGGUUGGUGGGUUUGGUGGUGGUUAAGUGCUCUUUGUCUCCAUCUGCUGGUGGUAUGGCUGCAUGGCUGGCUUCCAUUUCUGCUUCAGGCUGUUUUCUCUAAGGUCUUAUUGUAUUGGGUUUGGUCAAUGGUCAGUAAUGUGUGGGUCUGUGGAGGCAAGAGAAGGCUUGCCCAUCCAGCUCUGUGCUCUAGCUAUCUACAGCAUGUUGACUAUGUUUGAGGCUUGGCUAGCUAGCUAUUAGUGAUGUGACAGUUGUUGUUGUCUUCUCUCAGGCAUUCUGCUAAAAUAAGUACAAAAAAAUGUUUAAAACAAAAGUUAAACUGAAGAGUUGUAACAUACAAGUAAAGAGUGAGGAGUGUUAUACAGUGCCAUCCGAACCUGAUCCAUCCAAGCACAUAAUACAUCAUGAUAAUCAAGCAGUAGAAAAGAUGCACUAUGUAAGUGUCAUUCUGUUAUACUCUUGUUUUGCCUUUUCUAAUAACAUUUUUUUAACCUAAAUGAAAAUUGAUAUAACAAUAAAUACAGUAUGUAAAAUAAAUAUAAGCGUAAAAUAUGUCAAACUAUUUUAUCUGUGAUUGCUCAAUUAUAUGGACAACCUUUCAACAGAAGGACUAACACACCUUCCCUGUGGACCAAUCCUGAUUCAUAACUCUUCAUCUGCUGGGACUUAUAAACUUUCCUGAUUGGACCUGGCACCUGUCAAUAAGGCUGUGGGACUAUACACAGAGUGGAGUCACAGAGAUGUGUGUGCGGACGACAAACCGAUUCACCUGGUGCUACUAAGUAACUUAGAGUAACAGACCCUUCACUCCCUCCGUACAGGGGGUUGGAGUGUGUUGAUGUCUCCUCAGUCUAACAGCAUCUCACACACAGCCUAUACCGACAUGGGGAGCACAGACACACACUGCCAACAUGGAAAACACACACACUCAGAAUUUGAUAUUCAUGUCUAAAAAGAUAGGAUUCACUUCAAACUCUGGACUUUGAGUAGCUGCAGCACCUCCUGAAUGUUUCAUAGUUCUGUGUUUUAUAGAUCUGUGAUUCUCUGAGACACCACUCUCGCCCUCCCACUCUUCAUACCCUCACUCUCUCCUUCCCUUCCCUCUCCUUCCCUUUCUCUCUCUCUAUCCAUCUCUUUCUCCUCUCUCCUCCCUCUGAGCUACAUCCCUGUGGCGUAUAGAGUCUGAAUGAUGUGUAAAUCAAACAUUAAAGAAAUUAUGUGUUUUAAAGUCA